GUUUUCUUAAUCUACGUGCAUAGCUGUAAAACGACUUAUAUUAAAAAACGGAGGGAGUAAUAUAUAUGUUGUUGGGAAUUAUGUUUUUUAAGGUUAGAAUGUUUUCCCAAUACUUCUAUCACAUCCGUCUCGUAUGUUUCCUUCGGUGAAUCAUCUUUGACACUACUUUGUACCGGUAAUUGCAUGGCUUCCUUUGAUAAUGUUCUUUCUCUGACAACAUCACAGAUUCCAAGAUCUUCCAACUAAUAUCUGCUAAAUCUUCUUUACCAGUAAUUGCAUGGCUUCCUUUGAGAAUGUUCUUUUUAUGACAACAUCACAGAUUCCAAGAUCUUCGGACUAAUAUCUGGUAAAUCUCAUUUUUCGUCUUUAAAGGAUCCCGUUCUUACUUACCCUAAUUUUGGUGUUCUUACAAAUUUUUGUCAAACCGCUCUGAUAUUAUUAGUACGAUAUUAUCCACUUUGGACCUAAUAGACAAGCGGGCUUGGAUUUACUUUAGAUUAAGAUAUAAAAGAAACCCAAGGCCGAUUCACUCUAUCCACGAGCUGAUUGAUAAUAUCGCGAGAGAACCCUAAAUUUCUCCGAUCAUGUCGCCGAAAUUGAGAUCGAUCUUUGCACAGGUACAUCUGAAAUCGCUAUCGAUGGGGUCUCGCCGGGAUUUCUCUUCUUCAUCCGCAGCUUCGAAACGUGCUGAGUGGGACAAUCUGUUUAGCCCUGGCAUUUCGGUUAAGCUUGGAUUCGCUGCUUCUGCAUGUUUUGCGGUGUACAAGGUUUAUAAAAACUACUAUCCCAAGUUCCUGAUAUGUAGGGAAGAACAUGAACGCAUGUUACAACGUCAUAAAGAACUGUGGGCGCAGUCGAAGUUGGAUGAACUCUCAAGAAAUGUUUGUUGCUGUGGACAACAACCAAAAAAAUAAUAAAUUAGAAUAAGACCCGCGCCUUGCGCGGGAUUAAGUUAUUAUUUUUAUUAUAUUUUGGAGAAUGAAACAAUAGUUUGGCUUCAUUUGGAUUACGGGUGUUCAAC